CUCAAGUUUCCUUGUGCCGUAAGAAUGGCAAUUAUGGCUAAUUUUGCAGCACUUGUUCUCUCUCUGAUUUUCACUGCUUCUUUUGCAGAAGAAAGAGGAAUAUAUUUAGUUUUGAUGGAAGGAGAACCAGUUGCAUUUCAGGGUGGUAUUCAACCCCUCCAAGAAGGAAGAAGACUUGAUCCGAACAGUGAAGUUGCAAAGGCUCAUGCAAAAAACUUGGUAGAUUCUCAUGACAGAAUUCUAGAGAGUGCUCUGGAAACAGGAAGCUACAGCAAACUCUACAGCUUCAAACAUAUCCUCAAUGGCUUUGCUGUCCAUACUACACCUUCUCAGGUUGAGAAACUCAAAGGAUUCCCUGGGGUGAAGUUAGUAGAGAGAGACAGGGGUGCCAAGCUGAUGACCACAUACACUCCUCAGUUCUUGGGGUUACCGGAAGAAGUUUGGACACAAGAAGGAGGAGACAGAAAUGCCGGUGAUGGGAUUGUUAUUGGCUUUGUUGACACUGGCAUUAACCCAUCACACCCUAGUUUUGCUUAUGAUCUGACGAAUCCCUUUACAUCCAAUAUCUCUCAUUUUUCCGGUGCAUGUGAGGCUGGACCACUGUUCCCGGUCAGUUCUUGUAAUGGUAAGAUAGUGUCUGCUAGAUUCUUCUCCGCCGGAGCUCAGACAGCUGCUCAACUUAAUGCUUCAGUGGAUAUACUUUCACCAUUUGAUGCAGUUGGACAUGGCAGUCAUGUGGCCUCAACGGCUGCCGGGAAUGCUGGGGUUCCGGUGGUGGUGAACAACUUCUAUUAUGGGCAAGCCAGUGGGAUGGCUCCACGUGCUCGAAUUGCAGUUUAUAAAGCACUCUAUCCAACAAUUGGAACCCUUACAGAUGUGGUUGCAGCAAUUGACCAAGCAAGUAUAGAUGGAGUGGAUAUCAUAACACUCUCGAUUGGGCAAGAAGAACCUCCAGAAGACACAGUCACUUUCUUAAGCGUUUUUGACAUUGCCAUGCUCUUUGCAAGAGCAGCUGGGAUUUCAGUGGUGCAAGCUGCAGGAAACCAAGGACCAGGCCCUUCAACAGUAGUAGCUUACAGCCCCUGGGCUCUUGCUGCAGCUGCUUCUACCACAGACAGAAUCUACCCUGCUUCUCUUCUCCUAGCAAACCACAUAAGCAUUCGUGGUGUGGGAUUAUCAGCAACAUACUUUGGAAUCGGGUCGUCGUUUUACAGGCUAGUAAUGGCUAAGGAUGCUUUAAGGCCAAAUGGGACAUUCCCAUGGACUCCACAGUAUGUUGAGGAAUGCCAGUAUCCGGAAGCAUUUAACCCUUCUGUAGUCAGAGGCAGCAUUGUUAUCUGCACUUUCUCUGCUGGUUUCAACAACCAGACAUCGUCCCUGACAGCCAUCAUUGACACUGCAAGAACUCUUGGAUUCUUGGGUUUUGUACUGGUCGCAAACCCAGCAUAUGGUGAUUACAUUGCGCAGUCCAUCCCCCUUUCUGCUCCUGGAAUUUUGAUCCCCAAAGUCACUGAUGCAAAUAUUAUAUUGCAGUACUAUGAUCAGCAAACAAUCAAGGAUGAAAGAGGGGUUGUGGUAGAUUUCAGAGCAAGCGCAGCUAUAGGAGAUGGCAGAAUUGCUUCUUUUUCAGGGAAGGCACCGGUUGUUGCUAGAUUCUCUUCAAGGGGACCAGAUUUUAUUGACAGAAACAGGACCGCCACCAAUGUUCUAAAGCCUGAUAUUCUUGCACCAGGCCGUGAAAUCUGGGCAGCUUGGAGUCCCAUCAGUGUCAUGGAUCCUAUACUAACAGGGUAUAAUUUUGCCCUGUUGUCUGGUACAAGUAUGGCAACACCUCACGUUGUCGGAAUAGCAGCACUGAUCAAACAAAAGCAUCCUUCAUGGACUCCGUCCAUGAUAGCAUCUGCCAUCUCCACCACAGCCACCAGGUACGAUAACACUGGAGAGAUCAUAAUGGCAGAAGGAUUAGAGAUUGGUAGCUUGUCUCCCUCCACUUAUUUUGAUUCUGGAGCUGGCUUUGUUAGUCCAUCUCGUGCCCUGGAUCCAGGCCUCGUCUUGUCAUCAGAAUUUGAAGAUUACAUUGCAUUUUUGUGUUCCAUGCCUGAAAUUGAUCAAGCUGCAAUCAAAGGUGCUACCGGAGCAUCCUGCAAUCAAACGCUCAGCCAUCCAUCAAAUCUGAACCUCCCAUCAGUGACAGUAUCUUCGUUGAAUGGAUCACUGACAUUACAUCGGAGUUUCAGGAAUGUAGGAGGCAAACCUGAGACAUAUCUAUGCUCUGCAGUACCACCUAAUGGAACAGCUAUCAACCUGUAUCCACCCAUGUUCACAAUAGCCCCAGAAGGAACUCAAGAUCUUGACAUUGAAAUCAAUGCGACUGUGGCCAGGAAUGAGUUCAGCUUUGGCGAAAUUUUUUUAACAGGAAGUUGGAAUCACAUCAUCAGAAUGCCAUUAUCAAUUAAUCCAGUUUCCAUAUUUUAGAUGAAACUGAAGCAGAAAGGAAUUUUACUGUUUCUUUGAUAAACAAUAUGCAAUGCCUUUUUAGUAUAAAAUGAAGUAAUCAAU